AUGGAUGACAUCGCAGCCGAAUUCAAUGCUUUCAAGUCGAUGGAGGUCUCCUUUGAAUUGAAGGACGUGAUAGCCGACAAGAAGUACGGCGUGCGUCGCCAGAUCAUCACUGCGAAUAUGAAACGUCCUGACACUGUGAAGACAUCGGUCGAGUCCACCUUUAUAAUAGAGAACCAUCACACGAAGGUCAAGAUGGCAUCAAAGCCAUUACAAGUUAUGGAAGUGACCGAGUCGAUCAACGACGAAAACACAGCGCUUAUCAUUACCCUUCCUGGCCGUCUCGUGGAAGCAGACAAGAAGAUCGACUGA